AUGGUGGAAAAAGUUUGUUUCUCCAUCUUCUUAUGUCUCUCAGCUUGUUUAAUUAUAACCAUCCAUUUCCCAGAGGUAGCUGGUACAAGGAGACAACCACAGGAUAAAUUUAUCCUCAAUGGCCCCGAAAAGCUAUUUGUUUUCGGUGACUCCUAUGCUGACACGGGUAAUUGGCCACCUACUGAUGCUUCCAUGCCUUGGAGGGAGCCUUAUGGUGUGACUUUCCCUGGCAACCCUUCUGGCAGAUGGUCUGACAGUCGCGUUCUCACCGAUUACAUAGCUGCAUAUCUGAGAAUAGGAUCCCUACAGCCCUACAGUUUGUGGAAAGGGGAUGGGGAAGCAAAGCAAUAUGGGAUGAAUUUUGCAUAUGGAGGGACAGGUGUGUUUGACACAUACGUUGACGGUCUGUGUUGA